AACGAGCGCGGGGCGGCAGUGUCCGCGAUGGCAGACAAACUCGCGUCGGAACUUCAGCUGCCGAAUGUGAGUGCACUGCAGCUGCAGGAGCUGAAAUGGACCACAAAAGAGAAGAUCUGGCUGCAACUUGUUCACAAGAAUCCAAGCUCGAGCGAGGCAUAUGAGCGUGUCAAGGCACUUUCAGACGAUCGGAAGCAAGCACGUGCAGUUGAAAAAGCCGAGGACCUGCCCAAGGAGACUUUGCGAAAGAGUGAAGACUCGUAUCGUGCCGACUUUAUGAAGGUCAUUGAGACAGAGUUGGCUCGCAUCGGUGCUCCGUCCAUGAUAACUUGGCAGCGCCUUGUGUUGGAUAAGGACUGCAAUUACCAGGCCAUGCGCAUCGUCUUGACCAAAAUCAAGUCGUCGCAAAAGAAGGUUCGCGCGCAGUCCGUCCUACCAGUUAUCGAGUUGAAGCCGACGCCACCACAGCCCGGCCGCACAGACACAUCAACGAUCCUUUUCAGUAGCAACAGCAGCCAUAGUCGUGGGGAGCUGGCAACUCCAUCCUCCGACUCAGCUUUUCAUGCCACGUCCUUCUCCCGCGGCAGCAGCAAUCGUCGAUCGGCAGCAAAGCCUUCUUCGCCGGAACACCCUGAGACAAAUAGCCCGCCGCUAUCGCCAGACGACAUGCUGAAAGCACACAACACUCGCCUGCUUCCAUCCACAGACACCGCGCCUCGGCCGAGUUGGAACAGCGACUGCACCGACUUAGCGCAACGCGAUGCCUCGCCGUCGAUGCCGUCGCUGCCAUACAUGAAACGUCAUCUCAGUUCGUCAAGUGAUGGGCGGCAGCCUCCUCGGCAAUUCCCCGACGCAAGUGCCUUUCCAACCAUGAGCUCAACUCCUGAGAUCCAGCCGUCAUCCCACGAAGGGCCAGCCAAACAAACCAGUGCGACGACUCAAAAGCUCAAAGCUGCCUUGGCUGAAAACGCAGCGUUGAAAAAGAAAAUGGAAGACUUGAUGGCUUUGCAUGACGCUGCGAUGGAUGCAUCCCCCGACGGAAAAGGAAGUGUACCAUCGACCCGCCGAGUGCGACUCCUACAAGCGCAGAACCUCCAGCUCCAGCGCCAGGUCGAUAUGCUUACAGAAGCGGUGCACAUGCGACAGCACUCCCAUGACGACCUGGCACAUGUCGUGUCAUCCCUUGUGGCUAUUGUGCAGGAAGGCGAGAAGGACGCUGCGGCUGCCGGCGCGGAUCAGAGCAAGGGCAAGCCCGACAAGUGGAUGUUUGCAGUUCCGAGCGCUCUCUUGGCGGAGUUAAAAUUAGUCGAAAGCCGGUUGGGGCAGUUGCAGAGGAAAUGCAGCAUGGAGCUGCCCCUGCGAUACAACGCCGAUGUCAUGCACGAUCGCAAUGCAGUGCUACUCAGUGACAUCCAUGACCAUCAUGCGUCCAUCGGCCCCGAACACGUGCCUCAGCUGACUCAUCUGCGCUUCGAUCGGCUCCAUGCGUUGGAGACGGCGUUGUCAGAGUGCGUCCGACGGCUGGAUUCUCUAACUCUUGCCCUGAUGGACCGUAAGGACAACGGGGACCUAGCAGCGGUGACGAGUCCAUUGGCGACAGCCACUCGCGCGGUGGUCGAGGAAGUGGCCUUGUUCGGAAGCGCAGUGUGCCAUCACCCUGUUGGCCCUGGGACCAAACUUACAAGCGAGCCCCGAGCGCAAGAUAUCGUGCAGUUAGUGCCAAAGAAGGACAAGGUUCUCACGAUGCAUCUCAAUCGCUUGGCCAUGUACGAGGCGGGCCGCGAUGUCCAACUCAAGUCGAUCACGACCGAAUUGGCUGGAUAUAAACAUAGAGCUGCAGCUCACGCGGAGCUCACGGCGAGGCUUGUGGAUGGCGUGCGAGGUAUAGGCAUGGAAAAGCUCGCGUGGGUGCAGCAGACACUUCGCCCCGCGCUGCAUGGUCUCGGCCAAGUGUACGACCACAUGAAAGCUGCUUCGGACAUUCCCAAAGGCUGGGCUACCCUCUUUCGUGACACUUUUGAGCAACACGUGCACACAUUGUCGAGGGUCGAACUGGACUUUCAGCAGUACACCAAGACCGUCAACGCCAAGCUCGACAACACAUUGGAAGCGCUCAUAGCAUCGUCGUCGUAAUCCAAGAUGGCGCGACCACGGCAACCCCCUCCCAUCCCUCUCAUCGAACGCAGAAUUGUCUCAAGGCGUCCACGUCUUCGCGGGGAAUCGUCGUCGUGACCGAUUCGCGUUGGUGGCGUGCUGCAAACGGUCGAUUCUUGGAAUCAAACUAACAUGGAGCGCAUCGUCCAAUUCGUGAUACCCGCCUCGUGCUGUCGCUGUGCACAAGUCGCUCGGGUCGUGGAUUCCGCUGCAAUUGCCCGCAUGGAAAGUGCUGUCGACGCCCAAAUUCGACAACGGCCAUGUCAUUGCGCACAAAGUUGUUCAACGGGGUUCGCCCUGUGUGGACACAAUGCGUUGCCCAUAGUCGGUGUGGUCGCGGGCAUUGAUUGCCGCGGCAUCGCGGCAUGCCUUCCGUGCCCUUCCAAGGCAUCCCCACAACGUCCCGACGACGAUCCGAUUAAAACGUUUUGCCUGUACAUUGCGUUAAAUGAUUGGAUUGGAUUGUUUUAUACCCCAAGUCAUUUGACCAAGAGCGCGUCAUGACCCGAUGCCGCCACUCAAGCGCCGAACCACAGGUCCGGCGGCAGCUGCGAUGGCCUAGCCUAGGCCAUGCUUCGCGACGGAGGCCGAGCUUAGCGUCGUGUGCGAAGGACAUGCCUUUGCCGGGAGGAUUCGUAGUACGUGCUGAACCGACGUGAUCAAACGAUGCAUUUCUAUGCUACUGCCGAUAGCGUGACUCUCCGUGGCCGAUCCGUC